AGUCACCUCCUCAUGGCUAUAAAUACAGAGCCCGCACACAAACUCUCUCAUAAUUCAUAAGUAAACACCAAAGCAAUCGCUCGAGACCCCUUACAAAUAUCGAUCUCUCUCUUUCUAUAUACAUAACAAGACUCAUUUUGUGAGGCCAUGUCAGGAGUUUGGGUGUUCAAUAACGGAGUGAUACGUCUAGUGGAGAACCCGAACCAGUCCGGUGGAGUUUCCACACAGUCGCACGGCCGGAGAAAUGUCUUGGUUUACUUGCCGACCGGUGAAGCCGUCUCAUCUUACUCGUCGCUCGAACAAAUCCUAAGGAGCCUCGGGUGGGAAAGAUACUUCAGUGGAGACUCCGAUCUCAUCCAGUACCACAAACGCUCCUCCAUCGACCUCAUCUCCUUACCAAGAGACUUCUCCAAGUUCAACUCCGUUUACAUGUACGACAUCGUUGUCAAGAACCCUAAUUCCUUCCACGUCCGCGAUUUCAAUUGAAAUCCACACGGAAUUAAUUACCCUCGACCAAGAGGUCUAGUUUGUGUUUCUUUUGUUCAACCGGGAAAUUAUAUUCCAGACAUAAAACCUAUAAUUUCAAAAUUGGAGCAGUGUGAAUAUGAAUCACGUAAAGGUAGAAGAGAAGAUGUGUGCAGCUGUUUGAAUUCGAGAAAGGAAGCGAUGACUAUUGGAUUAUCAUCACUUAGUUAGAUUGUGUUUAUUUGUUGAUAUGUGUGUUUUAAAUUUUUAACUGUUUGUUUGGUUUUAACUGGUUCUCCAAGUUUGUAGCAUGUGCAUGCUUCUUUAUUUUUCAUACUUUUGUGAGGCUUGUAUGGGACAAGAUAGUAGUGUUGCAAAAGGUGGCACAUUACUUAAAAAUGUUGUUAAUUUUUUGGUUGUUUGUAGCUUUGUAAGUGUGGUGCAUGGUGAUCGAUGUAAGAAUUGUGUUUCUUUUGGCUUUAAACUAUUUUCCAUUUACUCCGUUGGUGAGAAAGAGUUAUAUUUUCGUUAUAUAUAUGUAAGUGAAGUCAAAUUUGUUAAAAAAA